UUCUCUCAUCGUCGUUUCGUGACUUUCGUCUUCGAGUUUCUCAUAUUCGGAAAUUUCACACGCACGCACUCACUCUCUCUGUCAGAUCCUCCGUUGGCCUUUUCCGAUCUUCGAAUUAGGGUGGAGAGAGAUGGGUAGCCCUAAGAAGGACCAGAGUAAGGGAUUCUUCGCUUCCAUGAGCUCGGGCUUGUCCAUCUUCGGCAACGCCAUGCAUCGAUCCGUCAACGGGUUUCUUGGUUAUGAAGGGGUAGAAGUGAUAAAUCCAGAGGGUGGCAAAGAAGAUGCAGAGGAGGAAGCUCAGAGAGGAAGAUGGAAACCAGAGGUGUUCUUCCUUUCUUGUCUACUCCAACACUCUGUUCUCUCAUGAUAGAGUCAGCUACUGGAAAAUGAUGCAAACAUAUAUAGGCUCAGACAUCACAUCAAUGGUCACACUUCCUGUCCUUAUUUUUGAGCCUAUGACUAUGCUUCAGAAAAUGGCAGAGUUAAUGGAGUACUCCUACUUGUUGGAUCGGGCAGACGAAUGCGAGGAUCCUUUUAUGCGGUUGGUGUAUGCCUCAUCAUGGGCUAUCUCUGUCUACUAUGCCUACCAACGAACCUGGAAGCCUUUUAAUCCUAUUCUUGGAGAAACUUAUGAAUUGAGUAAUCACGGAGGGAUUACAUUUGUCGCAGAGCAGGUGAGUCACCAUCCUCCAAUGAGUGCUGGUCACGCUGAAAACGAGCAUUUUACUUAUGAUGUGACAUCAAAGCUAAAGACUAAAUUUUUAGGAAAUUCUCUUGAUGUUUACCCUGUUGGAAGAACACGUGUCACUCUUAAAAGGGAUGGUGUGGUCUUAGAUUUGGUGCCACCUCCUACAAAGGUUAAUAAUCUGAUUUUUGGCCGUACGUGGGUUGAUUCCCCAGGGGAGAUGAUUAUGACAAAUUUGACUACGGGAGACAAAGCUGUUCUAUACUUUCAGCCAUGUGGCUGGUUUGGAGCUGGUCGAUAUGAAGUGGAUGGGUACGUGUAUAAUGCUGCUGAGGAGCCAAAAGUAUUGAUGACUGGGAAAUGGAAUGAAUCAAUGAGUUAUCAACCGUGUGACAUGGAAGGGGAGCCUCUUACAGGCACAGAACUAAAAGAGGUUUGGCAUCUUGCUGAUGUUCCAGAGGAUGACAAAUUUCAAUACACGUAUUUUGCACAUAAGAUAAACAGCUUUGACACUGCUCCUAGGAAGUUGUUGGCAUCAGAUUCUCGGUUGCGGCCUGAUAGAUAUGCACUUGAGAGGGGUGAUCUAUCCAAAGCUGGAGCAGAAAAGAGCAGUUUGGAGGAGAGGCAGCGAGCUGAAAAGAGAAGCCGAGAGGCCAAGGGACAUCAGUUUGCACCAAGAUGGUUUGAUCUAACUGAUGAAGUUACAUCCACGCCAUGGGGUGAUUUGGAAGUCUACCAAUACAAUGGUAAAUACACGGAAAACCGGAGUGCUGUAGAUAGCUCAGAAAGCGUGGAUGAGGUUGAUGGUAGAUCAGUAGAGUUCAACCCAUGGCAAUAUGGUAAUUUGAGUACUGCAUAAUGAGUGACCUCUUGUUCUAUAUUUGGUUGAGGAAUUCUGCAGUUAGUUGAUGGAACAAUUUCUGGUGUGAGAUUGUAAUCCAUUAUUUCUUACUCAUUGAUCCUGGUAAAGUUCAGUUUCUGUUACAGGAAUAUGUAAUUAUUCGACCAUUUUAAGAAACCCUCCUUUUCCUAGUAAAUGAUUUGUUAGCUGUCA